CUUCUCAUCUUCUUCCCCUUGUUAAAUAAAAAAUCUAAUGCUUCAAAACCCUUGUUGGUUCUUCUACUUCUCGCUCCAUUAAUUCCUCUUAAGCAAGCUUCUUCGAUCUUCCUCGUGCUGAUAAAAAAGGGUUUCUUGGAUACUGAUUGUUUUCAGGAUGGCACAUUCUUUGAGUUUCAUCUCCACCAACUUGAACUGUUUAGUCCUUAAUCAUCAGUGGCAGAGUUUUGGAACGUCUGUGUUGUCGCCAUCUAAAUGUAAGAGGAAAAUUGCAAGAAGGGUUAGAGCUUUGCAAGAGACUGAAGGUGGUCCAACUCCAAGAAGAUUGAUCGACAUUAUAAGAUCCGUUCCUGAAAUCUCUAGGAAUUACUUCAAGAAGCCAUCAAGGAGAACGCUUUUCGGGGGAAUCUCGUUGUUAGGUGGGUUCUAUGUCGCGCAGACUAUCUCUCUGUCGUUUGGUGCUUUGGGUGUGAACGAUGUUAUUGCUGCGGUUUUGUGUGUUCUUUUGACAGAGUAUGUGACUAGGUUCUACUAUAGUCGUACCACGGUGACGUUUCCGAUUGCUCUACUUAAUAAUUUCAAGAUGGGUUUCACUUAUGGUCUCUUCAUUGACGCGUUCAAGCUGGCUAGCUAACUGUUUUGCAAGACAGAGUCACUAGAGAUCCAAAGGUUCCAUGUAAAGGUUAAAAGUCAAGUUUUUGGAAUAGUUUUGAGAACUCCAUUACGUGUUUUUUUUUUUUACCCUCAAUGUAAUAUUGUUAUCAUAAUUUUUGUAUUCAAGCAAACCAUAAUCUUCAAAGUUAGAGAGAAUCUGUAGUAUUAUGCUAAAGGGUC